AUGGAACGACGAAUAACGUCCGCCGCAGCAGUUGUGUAUUUACUCGUCCACGGUAGAGUAAUGACAUUGUCCAGCAACGAUGCUAAGAAGAUCACUGAUAUUAAUGUCAAAAAUUACCACCAGUUUUCGGAGAACUUCCCUUGUACUCCAAAUGAUGACAACGUCGUACUGGUUCUAAUUGCAGAUUUUCUAGACCGCUCAGUGAAGCUAUGGCGAACUCCUACUGGAAAAUUGAGAGUUCCAACAUCUUUCUCAUGGACAUCUAGUCUCUCACCAAAUCGUACUACUGGUCAUCUCAUCGCAGGGAGCGGAAGAGUUGAUGAGGAUUCUUUAAAAGCAAAGGUUACAUCGAGAUCAGGGGCUAUUGAUAUCUCUGCUUUAUUGGGAGAUGUUCCUGUGUCCAACGAUAGUUCACAAUUGGACAAUAAGCAGAUGUCUAAACCUAUAAAAACAGAGCCUAUGGACUUGGAUGAAACAGCAGUUGAGCCACGUGAGUUACAGCAGUGUGAAUCCAGUAACGACAAUCGACGAGGUGAGCUGGUUAAGCCAGUCGGUCAGCCAUUGUUCAAUGAUGAGAUCCGCGCAAAUUUUUUUGGGAAGAGCUGUAGUAUUUGCCGGACAACUCUUCCGGCCAUGAAAAGAAAUUUGCUAUCCUUGGAGGCACGUCUUGGUACCAUGGUGGAGAUUGUACAGAAUCUGCUAACUAACUUAAAUCCGCAUGACAGAAAGAUUCUUGAACUAACAAAAACGAUUGGUAGUCAUCGUUUAUCAAAUGGCGACGUAAAGGACGCUACAGUUGUAGCUACCACAUCUUCGUCCGCAACGACAGGCACAGUAUCAUAUCAUACCAGUGAUCUUGGGUAUGAGUCGGAAAAACCAUCAUCAUGUCCUUCGCCCAUUGCUAUUCAAGUUGAUGAACUUUUGGAAUCCAGAAAUAAUGAAGCCGAAUUAGAUGGUGGUCAUCAGUGCUUGUAUCCUGUGCUUUCGGAACCUUUGCCCUCCAUUGUUUCCUUGAAAGAGCAAUCGGUUUCGUCACCACGGUGUAUUCCUGUCCUACGAGGACCACGAUUCAUUCUAGCUGAUAGGGCGAGUGCUCUGCGAACCGUAUACAGCAGUAACGCAAUGUCUGAAACAACAAAAAAUGGUGAAAUGGAAUCAGGUAUACAAAGGACGCAGAUAACUAUCAAAGUUGGCGAAGAUGUAAAGCCAGAUACUGGUUCCAUAUCGAGCGAUGCCAACGUAAAGAUUACUAUUCAUCUCUGA